AUGAGUGGCUUAGAUGUGGUAAUAAUUUUAUUAAUUCAACCAAAAUCAACAAUAAAUAAUAAUGAUGAUAACAAAUCAAGAAAAUAUGCGGAAACACCUUUACCCAAAUUACCAUUACUUAUAUUAAGUAUAGUGAUUAUUAGUGAGCCUUUUAAUUCAACUAUUUUAUUACCUUUUAUUUAUUUCAUGGUUCGUGAUUUUGGUGUAAGUGAUGAUGAUAAAGAAAUUGGUUUUUACGCAGGAUUAAUAGCAUCAUCUUUUUUCUUUGCACAAUUCUGUUUUUCAAUAUUUUGGGGUCAUAUGUCUGAUAAAUUUGGUAGACGUCCAAUCCUUUUAUUUGGAUUAUUUGGAAAUAUGGUGACUUGCUUUAUGUUUGGUCUUAGUAAGAAUUUACUUUGGGCUAUUGCUUCUCGUUCAACUUGUGGAAUGCUGAAUGGUAAUGUUGGUGUUGCAAAAAGUAUGUUGGGUGAACUAACUGAUAAAACUAAUCAAGCAAAAGCAUUUUCAUUGUUUGGAUUUUGUUGGGGAAUGGGCUGUAUAAGGCCUGUAAUUGGUGGGUUUUUAUCACAUCCUGCUGAUAAUUUUCCAAAAAUAUUUGGCAAUUGUCCUUUCCUAAAAUCAUUUCCAUAUUUCCUUCCUUGUUUUGUUGCUUCAAUUGUUAGUUUUACUGGAUUAAUUAUUGGAUAUUUUUAUUUACCCGAGACACGAUAUACAUACAAUCAUCAAAAAGAAGAAGAAAGAGAUGUUGAUGUUGAAGAUGUUGUUGAUAUAUCAAGUAGAAAAAAUUUGAAUGGAAAUAAUUCAAUAAUCUCAUACGAUGCUACUGCAAAUGUUAAUUCUAAUAAUAGUAAUUAUAAUCAAUCACCUAAAGGAAAUAACAUUAUGCAAUCAUAUAUUGAAGAUGAUUCACAUUAUCCAGAAACACCUUCAUCUUCGAAUCUGCUAAAGGAUUUGUCAAAGAAUGAUGUCACCAACAUCAAAAUGAACAACAAGCAAAUUACAUUUAGGUGUAUAACAAGUUAUGCAAUAGUUGCAUUUCAUACAAUAGCAUUUGAUGAAGUUUACAGUUUAUAUGCGGUCGCGGAAGUUAAAGAUGGAGGGUUAGGUUAUUUGUCAAUAAAGCUGGCUCAAAGUCUGGCUUUAAUGGGAAUUGUUCAAUUAGUUGUUCAAUUUCUGAUUUAUCCUUGGUUAAGAACUAAAGUAGAUUUGAUUAAAUUAUAUCGUAUAGUAUUAAUGUCUUAUGUUCCUUGUUAUUUGUUUUUUCCUUUAUUGAAUCAAUUAAAAAAAUCAUUUAUGGAUCUACCACCUGAAUCAAAGUAUGAUGAUGAUGGAGAAGAAAUUGCUUGGAUUAUAUUAUUGAUUGUAUUAACUAUUAGAUUGUUUAUAUGUGUUAUCUCUUUUACAUCAAUAAUGAUAAUGGUUAAUAAUUCUGCUAGUCAUGAAAUACUCGGUACUGUCAAUGGAAUAGGUCAGGCUUCUGCAGCAUUUGUUCGUACUAUUGGUCCAGCAUCAAGUGGAUCUUUAUGGUCUUGGUCAUUGACAAACAAUUUGGACUUUCCAUUCAACAAUUAUUUUGUAUUUAUUGUAAUGAGCCUUACUUCUCUAAUAGGAUUCAUUCAAAGCUUCACACUACCACACGAAUUAGGAGAAAUAUAG